GUAGCUUCGCUCCUCUCUUCCUUCCUCCAAAACCACAAAACCCCUUCCCCCGUCCGGAUUUCCGUCUCUCAUCUCCGGUUUUCCGUCCACCAAAACCGCCAACAUUACCCUCUCCUUCCUUCCUCCAUCCCAAAAAUGGGAAAAGGUUCGAACCUCGCCACCCUCAAAUGCAUGUUCAAGAAAUGGCAGUCAGCGGCCAAUCUCCGCCGUCCAAAUAGCAACAGCAGCGGCAACAGCAGCAUCGCUGCUAAUCCAGUAGACGACACGUGGAAAGACUCGUCAGUUACCCGCGACGGACUCCACCCAGUCUACGUCGGGAAAUCUCGUCGGCGCUACCUCAUCAGCUCCCACCUAGUCGACCACCCCCUCUUCCGGGUCCUCGCCGACAAGUCGCCUGCCGGCGCGGGAUCUGACGCCAUGACCGUCGGUUGCGAGGUGGUUCUCUUCGAGCACCUCCUUUGGAUGCUCGAGAAUGCUGAUCCGCAGCCGGAAUCUCUGGACGAGCUCGUCGAGUUCUACGCCUGCUGAAGUUUUCCGGCGACCGAGUUUCAGACGAAUAACGACAAAAGAAAAACGAGAUGUUUUGUCGUCUUGUGUAUCUGUUUCUUUCUUUUUUAACUGAAGGGUAGAAUUGUAAAUUCUUUUUAAUUUCGGGGUGGAAAUCAGCGUGUAGUAGAAUUUGGAAGAGACGAGAAGCAGAUGGAGGGUCAGGAUCGACCCAUCUGAGCUGUUUGAUC